CCAGGAGCUAAAGAUAGCAGUCCCCGGCUCGGAGUCCAAGUGCCACCGGGUAGCGGGGAGCCGCCAUGGCAAGGCAGCAUGCCCGGACGCUAUGGUACGACAGGCCCAAGUACGUGUUCAUGGAGUUUUGUGUUGAGGACAGCACUGAUGUCCAUGUGCUCAUCGAAGACCACCGUAUUGUGUUCAGCUGCAAGAAUGCGGAUGGAGUGGAGUUGUACAAUGAGAUAGAAUUCUAUGCUAAGGUGAACUCCAAGGACUCCCAGGAUAAGCGCUCUGCUCGCUCCAUUACUUGCUUUGUGAGGAAAUGGAAGGAGAAGGUAGCCUGGCCCCGACUCACUAAAGAGGAUAUCAAGCCAGUGUGGUUGUCUGUGGACUUUGAUAACUGGAGGGACUGGGAAGGGGAUGAAGAGGUGGAGCUGGCUCAGGUGGAACAUUACGCAGAGCUUUUGAAGAAGGUCAGCACCAAGAGACCUCCCCCUGGCAUGGAUGACCUGGAUGCACUUGAGUAUGGCUGCAUCAGAUGGCAGGAUAGGAGAGGAGUAGACUGGUGGGGCUCCUGACUUUCUACCAAUUGCCUGUAAUCUUUGUGUUUGGGCCAGUCAUCAGGGCUCUCUUUGAGUAUUCGAGCAUGUGUAUAUAUGUGGUGGAGCAAAAGCCAAAGAAGCAGCAGAUAGGUUAUAAUAAAUCUGUAAGAACUGUU